GGGACCAAUUUCUCCUCUUACCAUUUCCACACCCGUCAACAACCAGUCUACCGCUCUCUUUUCACGAUUGCAAAAACCAUACGACUCAACUAAUUGCUCAUGUCGUCCGCUAGCAUUGUGGUUUCGGCGAGCAGCGCCCCCGUCUUGUCGAGCUCGGGUGCUGCUGCAAGCCCCAGUAGCAGUGCCCCUGCCUCUCCAAGCGUCAGUAUUCCAAUUGCGAGCAGCAGCAGCAACCCAGUGGUCAGCAACCCGUCCGCUCCGUCUAGCGUCUCCACUGCUCCACCUGGAUCUUCGGUCGCUCCACCAUCCUCUUCUUCAUCACCAAUUGCCUCCCCAUCUGUAUUGACCUCCGCCUCCAUUUCCGUCUCUCAGUCGACCCUAGUGUCAACGUCGAAUGGUGUUGCCGUCACGCAGACCAUCCAGGUCACCUCCACGAUCCCAGCCGGUGCCACCAUCACGCCUAGCUCGACUGCAAGCAAUUCAGCACCGGCAUCGAACUCGCAUGCCGGUGCCAUCGCAGGUGGUGUUGUAGGCGGUGUUGCGGCGUUGUUGAUUGCCGGCUUUCUGCUCUGGUUCUUCAACAAACGGUCCAAGGAACGCAGGCUACAGGAGGAGUUUGACGGCAACUUCGAUCCCGGACGCACGACGGGCCCAACCUUGCCUCGAAUGUCGAUUGCAGGGACUCCUGGCCUCGAGGAGGGUGCGACGGGUCCGCUUGGUGAAACGGAUGAUGGGGUCGGUGGCCGGUUGGCGGGGAGCGACAUCGGUGCUGGUGUUGUCACGCCAUUCCCAGCUAGUGCUGCGUACCACCAGCAGCCAUACGCCCAACAACCUCAAAUGGCGCAGUAUGGCAACUAUCCGGCUUCCAGUGUCUCAGGGUACGACGACAUGCAUAGUCCGACGGCGAAUAACGGCUUCUACUACCCUGGCGCAUCCAGCACGGCCCCCUCCGUUGUCCCUCCGCCAUCUAGCAACGGCUCGUCCGGCGGCUACUACUCCAACCCGAUGAGCGCUAAAGAACGGGAAGUGCGUGAGAGCCGAUUCUCAGUGGCAAACCCCACUGGGAUGCACAUGCCGAUGCCCGCGCCGUCAACCGACAUGCCUAAUCUGCCGAAUCCCCACUCUCCGGCUGGUAGUGCGGGUAGCGGAGGUGUAGUUGUCCACACCGAUGGUGGUCGGGUCCUUCCUCCGGAUCAGGAUCAGCCCAUGCGUGAAAUUCCGCCCACUUACGACAGCAUCGCUCAGUGAGAGCGCUGAAGGGACUCUUCAUCUAUCUUAAUUCCAAUGACUUUUGAUAUGUACAAAAUUGGCACACUCUCACGUUUACUAAUUUCAAACUUGGACUGUGCAUGGUACUACGAAUUGCUAUUCAGUGCUGUAUCUUCAUGGCAUUGCAUUACUUAGAUGGCUAGGUUCGAAAACUGGGAGACGCCAAGAGCACUUGUAAGCACAGCCCGACAUCUAUGCGGGACUGUGGUGGCCUGCCAUCAGCUCAAAUUUAGGAUUCAUUGUAAACGCCGUGCCUGAACGCGCAAAUAUAAAACCCUG